AUGAAGAAGACCUAUUGUGCCCUCGUGGCACUGUCGGCCACGGCCGAGCUUGCAUCUGCUAGCUUCUACGAAGCCAAGCCGUUCAAGGCCCCAGCCACCACGAACAACGUGUGCAGCGAGAAGCAGUCCUCGGGUUUUGACUGGUCCGACCUCGAUCUCGGAUCUUUCGACUCGUAUGCCGACUUUGAGUUCAAGGGCUUCUCGGCCUCUGCAUCAUUCGGAUUCGGAUUCGGUAAAGGUUACAAGCGAGAUGCGCUUACCGGACGAUAUGCCCAGGACAAGAUGAUCACGGGAAAGGCCUGUAACAAGAAGGAGGACACGCCGCAAUUCGGUCUGAGCAAGUACUCUUCGAUCAAGGACUUCUCCAUCGACUCGAUCAAGAUGUCAACCGAGUUCGAUUGUGAGCUCCAGUUCGAAUACAAGAUGCCGGACUUGAGUACCUGCAGGCACAAGGCUCCUUGCAAGAAGGAUGGAUGCACUGUCAAGAACGAGCAGUGUGGUGGUGCCAUCGAUAUUGCAAUCCUCUUCCCUCCCCAAACUUCCGGACCUGGGGUUGGCAAGGAGGAGUGCGAGAUUGGUAUCGAGAAGGUCAACUACAACUGCGAGAACGGCGAGGAGAAGACCAAGGAGAAGACCAAGGAGAAGACCAAGGAGAAGGAGAAGGAGAAGGAGAAGGAGAAGGACGACGACGAGGAUGAGGACGAGGAGAAGGAGAAGACCAAGGAGACCGGCUACCCUGUGCAGAGCACAUCUGUCGCUGAGACCACUACUGUCGCGGAGACCACUACCGUCGCGGGCCUUCCUGUGGAGAGCUCCCCCGCCUACACUCCUAAGAGUCCCGCUGCCGACGUAGAGACCACUCCAGUCGAGGGCUAUCCAGUCAUGAGCACUUCUGUCUACGUCCCGGAGAACACUCCCGAAGCCAGCUACCCGGUUGUUGUGUACCCUGUGUACCCCAUAGAGAGCUAUCCCGCUAUCUUCCCAGAGACCACCCCCGUCGAGGGUGUGGUCUCCAGCUCGAUCAGCCUCCCAGAGACGACGCCAGUCCCGGGUUACCAAAUGGAAAUCCCCCCUCCCCAGGAAUCCACUACAUCCUCAAGUCCCGUGAUCUUGGAAAGCACCACAGUUGACGGUGCCCCGAGCUCGGUCGUCUCCCAGCCAGCUAUGUCAUACCCAGUGGCAGAUAUCAGCUCCGUCUCCAGCUCAGUCGCCAUCUCCAUCGAGACGAGCGCUCCUGUCUCUGUCCCAGCCGUGCCAGUCGUCACCAAGCCAGAGUACGCAUACCCAAUGGCAAACACCAGCUCCAGCUCCGUCGAGACCACAGCUCCUGUCUCUCAACCAGCUGUCCCAGUCGUCACCAAGCCAGCCGCUUCAUACCCGGUCGCGGUUACCAGCAGCAACGAAGGCCUUGUUCCCAGCUCUGCCCCAUCUCCAUCUCUGGUCUCUAGCCUGCCACCCAUCGAUAUCAUCACCGUAGUCGUCUCGACUUCGACAACCAUCUGUCCAGUCACGCUCACUCAGGCUACCAACGGAACCACCAUUCAGAAAGUCGUGACGACCACUUCCUUCGUCCUGACAACUGUCACUUCCACUAUCUGCACCAAGUGUCAAGCCCCGACUUCUCCUCCCGUCGCCCAGGCUCCGAGCCCAGUCGUCACUCCAUCGGGUACCACGACUGCCCCGAUGCCAGUCGAGACUGCUCCUUGCCCAGAGGUCCUCCCAUCUUGCAUGAACACUUGGUUGUUCGAGGAGGGCUGCGAGUCCAACGCCGAUGCCGCAUGCUACUGUCCAUCAGAGAACUUCGUCACCAAGGUGUUCGACUGUCUCUCCGCUCACGCCGCUGAUGACAACGAGAUUGACCAGGCACAGAAGUACUUCCAAGGUAUUUGUGCUCCUCACAUCCCAACCAAUCCGGCCAUUAUCAACGCAGCACCACCCGUCGACGUCAAGCCCCCAACGACGCCCUCCCCAGUCAUCUCCACCCCCGUGACCACCAUCGUCGUGUCCAAGACCGUCGUUGUGCCUUGCGUCGUGACCACCGGACCCAACUCCGGAUCCACCAUCCCAUCCACCUCAACCACUGUGGUGAUCUCCACCGUAUUGACCGUUCCCGAAGUCGUCUUCGUCACCCUCCCCCCGAUUGGAACACCGACUCCAGGCGGUAAGCCCGUGCCAGGUGUCCCCGUUCUUGCCGUUCCCACGACUCCUAUCUACAACGCCGUGCCGCCACCGACCACUCCGCUCCCAGAUAGGCCAGUUCCAGCCGUCCCAGUCGACGAAGCGGCUCCUCCUUCUCCCGCUGAGACCGGCGCCAACAUCGGAGUCCCAACCGCUCCAGAGUACAAGCCCGUUCCAAUCCCAAAUGCUCCAUCCGACGAGGGAAUCCCCUCUGGUCCAUCCGGCGAGGGCGUCCCAUCUGGUCCAUCCGACGAGGGAGUCCCAUCCGCUCCAGAGUACAAUCCCGUUCCAAUCCCCAAUGCCCCAGCCGACAACAAGGGCGUCCCCGCCCCAGGCCCUUCCCCUCCCGCCGCCGCUGUCCCCUCCGGCCCCUACCCUGCCGUCCCCAUCAACUCCGUCCCAGGAGCCCCAGUCACCACCCUCGUCCCGAAACCCAACAACGGUACCAUCCCCCAACCUACCGUGGGCACAGCCUACCCCCCUAUGCCCACCACCCCCGGCUUUAUAAACGCCGGUGCCCGCACCACUUUUACUUUCACCGCCGCUUUGGGCGCUUUCUUUGCUGCUGUGCUCGUCUUGUAG